AGAUAGUCUUGGCAAGGUCCUCGCUCCUGGUACUGUUCUUCAUGCUACAGAGCGGCACACAGUGUCGGUCGUCUCGCCGCUGCCGCAAGUGGUGGCGGCUGCCCUCGCCAAGGCUGGCGGAAAGUCGGCUCGUGGUGCAACAGCUGCGGUGGUUGGGCCGGGCUCGACAGAAGCGGCUGCUGCGGUGUCUGCCAGUGGGAAUGUGUCCAUGGUGGCGGUGGCGUCAUCGAUCUAUGUCUUUGCAAACUUCCCGGCUCCCGGAAAGGCAACGCCGGAGGCUACCGUUCUGGCCCUCCCGGACUCGCACGUCGACGCACCGCAGCGCAUGCUCGCUCGUGCUGACGUGGUGUUCUCGGAGGCAGACUCGAUUGAUGCUCCUAUCGGUGUCGUCAUGGCCUCGGCCGGCGGAGACGUGUUCUACUGGCCGGAUCCGGCGGCAGUGGAUAGGGUCGACGAUCUCUCGCUUGAACUGGAUGACGACAAGGUGGUAGUGGCGGUGAGUGUCCUUGAUCCGGCGCUGGCAGCCGUGGUUGACUCGGCUGGUGGCCUUACUCUCCUCUCGCUCGAUGACGAUGGGCUGCGGUUUGCCGGACCCCGGGUUGCGCCGAGCACCGGUCAACAGACAAGUGGACAGAGCCGGGCGUCAGGCCCGGCGCCGGGCGCGUCAUCGUCGAUUUUCGGCGCCAUCUCGUCGGUCUUUGGCCUCUCGUCAACGGCGGCGCCUGCGGCCGACGACUCUACUGUCGCUGGGCCGUUUACCGGCGGUGACUUUGUCGAGCUGGCGAGUGCGAGUGUCGGCUCUGGGCGGUACGUUGUCCACGCGCUGUUUGAGAGCGUUUUGCUGCGGUUCGAGGUGACCGGGCUCGACGCAAAGUGUGCGCUGCGGGCCGAGCUCCACGCGACUCUCGAAGCCAAGCUCAUGGGCGACGAUGCGUUUGCCGGACUUGGUGCGCUCCGUGUCGAGCUGCGGUCGGUGCAGGCUCAUGGCGAGAGUGCGGUGGUACUCGCAGCGGCGUACGAUCUCCAGGCCGAAGUGCUCGGAUACGUGCUCGCAGGCGUCGAGUCGCAGAGCGGGCCAUAACUUCGCUGUUUACGCUCGAGCAGCAGGCGCGCGAGGCGCUGUACGAUCCGGCGUCGUUCCUCUCGGUAGCGGCGGUGGUGCCCGAGUCGUCGGAGUCUGCCGCAUUUGUCUACACGCCGUCACUUAUUGUACUGACGGCGGUGCCGGCUGACGAGCGCGAGCUCGACUCGUUUGCAGUUUCCGGUAGCGACAACAUGGUGCUCGGCGCCGGGGGCGGCGGGUCGGGGCGGGCGGUGUUUGUCACGGCGGCGACCGGAGUGGUGAGUGUGGUGCAGGACGAUGCGCUCGAGGCGAGUUUCGCGGGUACUCGCAGUCACGCCGGAGUUGCAGCAGCGGAGGGAAGCUGGUCUCCGGGAGGUACCGGCGGCCGGAUGGCGCGGCACGGGCUCCGGCCUGCGGCCAAGCUCCUGCGCGAGUUUGACGGGGUGGCUGGGCUGAACGCCGAGCUUGGCGCGGCGUACUCGCUCUACUGUAUGGGCGACGUGGGUGGGGCGCUUGGCGUGGCGUCGGAGCUUGAUCCGCGUGGUGGGGCGCUCGACGAUGCGCUGGUGGUCAUGUCGCGGGCGCUGCUGGACGCAACGCCGGCGUCGGACCCGCGGUGGGCAGCAGCGACGCUGGGGGAGCGCGGGGUGAGCGAGGCCGAGGCUGCGGCUGCCGGUGCGGGCUCGGCGAUUGUGCGGCGGCUGCUAGAGGCCAAGGCGCGGAAGCACCAGAGCCUGCUCUCGCUCCUCUCGCAGCUGGGGUGGUGGGAGGUGCUGUCGGUGGAGACGCGGGCAAAGCUGCAGUCGCACGGCGAGUUACUGGCGUCGGCGCAGCGGCUCCGCGAGGUGCACCAGGACAUGGUGGAGGCGCUCGGGCUGGAGGCCGGCUCGCUGCUCUCAGAGGUGUACCUCGGCGCAAUGCAUGAGGUGCUCGCGGAGGCUGGUGUGGACCUGACAGCGUUUGCCGGGUCGGGCCUGGGGACGCAGGACGUGUUCUACGCGAGGGUCUCGACGGUGCCGCGGAUUGUGGCCCACCUCGCGCAACAGUCGUCAAAGGUGCUCGGCGAGGCGAGUGCGAACGGCGAGGCGUGGGCGGCGGCGCAGUUUGCGAUUGUGGGUGGCGUGGGUGCGCUGCUGGGUGCGGCGUUUCUGGCCGGCCGCGAGUACGCAGCGUCUUACGGCGAGGUCUACGGCUUUGGCGCAGGGACGCCGGCAGCAGUGCAGGGCCUCGGCGCAGUGCCGCGGUGGUGGUCCGACGACGGUGAGCUGCUGAACGAGCUUGCGGGGCACGUGACGCUCGCGCUCUCGCUCUUCCGCAGCCUUGGCGUCCUGGUCUCGCCGAUGGGCAAGCUUCUCAUCGAGGUGACCGGCGCUGCGCUCGAUGUGUACCUCGGCCUUUUGGGCGAACUCGUUGACGCGGCGGUCGGGAAGCCCGAGCUUGCGGCGGCGCGGGCGGUGGCGCUGCAGGAUGCGGCGCAGGAGCUGAUCGGCGGGCUGGCCGAGAGCGCGCCGGAGCUUGCGUACGAGCUCGGGCAAAAGUACGGGGCGUACACGGUGCUGGUGGGCCUUGCGCUUGCGGCGGACGACGCCGACGAUCGACUGACGUUCCUGAUGGACACGUACGGGAGCGACGGAUUUGCCGACGCAGCGUUCCAGGCGUUUAUGGCGAGCGGGCGGCACGCGUCGCUGCUGCGGCUCGGCGAGGCGUAUCCUGCGCAGCUGUCCCACUUUCUCGAGUCACGCGAGAGCCUGGCGUGGAUCCACGCGUUUGCCACGGGCGAGACGGCCAAGGCGGGUGCGCUGCUGUCGGGUGCGGCGGGCGAGGAGCGUACGAGCGCGGCGCGGCGCAAGACGCUGGUCUCGCUGGCCAAGCUCGCACACCUCGCGGACGGAGCGCCGCUUGACAGCGAGGCUGUGGCGAGCGCCGACAACGAGCUGUAUGUCAUCCGCGCGCAAGAGCUGCUGCCUGAGAGUGCCGAGCGAGUGCUGACGCCGCGCGAGCUGGUACUCGCGUACAUCUCGGAGGAGAUGGGCGGCGACGCGCAGUCGCGGUUUGUCCUUGCGCUCGAGCUCAUCGAACGGGCAGGCGGGGCGCUGGCGGAGCUCGAGCCGCUGGUGUGGCGGGCGGUGGUGACGGCCGACCCGUGGCCGGAGCUGGCGCAGCUCCGGGUCGAGUCUGCGGUUGACGACGCGACACUGCAGGAGCAUCUGCGGUCGUCGAUGCUGUACGCGGUGGCGACGUCGCGCGAGCUGGCAGACGUCCCGUCGCUCGACGCGCUCGGCGAGGUGGUUGGCGAGAUCGAGGGCGACGAGCGCGAGGCGUGGACCUCAGGUGGGGUCAGUAUUCUGCUCGGCGACGUGCUGCGGAUGGUGAGCGAGGAGAGCAACGAGUAAAGCGCGGGCCAGUAUGUG